AUGGGAAUCUUAACCAUAACCUCCCAAGCGGCGCUGGCCGCCUUUUCAGCGAUACCCCCCUUCGUCUGGGUCGUGGGUGUUGCGGUGCUAGCAGCAACAUACUUCUCGCUCCGCCGCCACGCCGAGGAACCCCGCCAUCACGCCCCAAAGGCAGAAGCUGUCCAAGACUCCAAAUCGAAGCCUCCAGUUGAUGACCCGGACGCCCCUGUCUCUGUCAACUACUUCCCAUCCCGCGAAUGCAACUAUGCCUGCGGUUUCUGCUUCCACACCAAUACCUCAGGCUACAUCCUUCCACUGGAUGAAGCGAAGCACGGUAUGCGUCUUCUGAAGGACGCCGGCAUGCGCAAGCUCAACGUUGCCGGCGGAGAGCCCUUCCUGCACCCAAAGUUCUUGGGUGAGCUGCUCCGGUACUGCAAAGAUGUCCUGGACCUCGAGAGCAUAAGCAUCGUCAGCAACGGGAGCAAAAUCCAGGAGAAGUGGCUCCGUGAAUACGGUCGCUACUUGGAUAUCCUGGCAAUCUCCUGUGACUCGUUCGUCCGCGAGACGAAUAAGGAGAUCGGCCGCGGUGAGAACGGCGGAGCGGACGGGGAAAAAGACCACAUUGCGCAGGUGUUCCGCAUCGCCGAGUGGUGCAAAGAAUACAACAUCAUGUUCAAGCUCAACACCGUCGUCAACGUCUACAACUGGAACGAAGACAUGGCCGAGACGAUUGCGCAGUUGGCGCCGUUCCGGUGGAAGGUGUUCCAGUGCUUGAUUGUCGAGGGCGAGAACGAGAACGACACGCGGGUGCGCGACGCGAGGAAGUUCCUCAUCUCGGAGGAACAAUGGCAGACGUUUUGCGAAAGGCAUAAGCACCUGCCAUGUUACGUGCCCGAGGACAAUCAGACCAUGGCUGGUAGCUAUUUGUUAUUGGACGAGCACUUGCGCUUCCUCGAUAAAGGCAAUGGUCCGAUGAAGAAGAGCGAGUCCUUGCUUGAUGUUGGGGUGAAGAAGGCCAUGCAGCAGGUGGCGUGGGAUAAGAGCGCGUUUGAUAAGAGAGGUGGUGUCUACGAAUGGCGGAAGUCACAGGUUGAAAGCACCGAAGGGGGUUGUAAUGGCGAUAGCAAAAAGGAGUUGGAGUGGUAG